GGGGCUGGAGUCGGCGUGGCCAUGGUCCUGGUCCUGUUGGUGGCCAUUCCCCUAUUGGUCCACACCACCAAAGGGGGAGGGUCCGGAGGAGGGGGCACACAUUACGAGAUGCUUGGGAGCUGCAAGAUGGUGUGUGACACUUUCACCCCCCCACAGGGAGAGCUGACAGCCGUCUCCCCUCAGCCCCCAGACUUCCCAAACCGCAGGGGAAAACAAGGGUUUAGAGGGAGCGCUGGACUUCCUGGUCCUCCAGGUCCUAAAGGGCCUCCCGGGGAGCCCGGCAAGCCUGGCCCACCUGGUCCACCUGGGCCUGGACCCGGUGGCUAUGGCCCCUCUUUCUACAGCCCCAAGAUCGCCUUCUACGCCGGCCUCCGGAAACAACACGAAGGAAGUGAAAUACUAAAGUUUGAUGACGUGGUGACCAACGUAGGGAACUACUAUGAGCCCGGUACCGGCAAGUUCACCUGCCCUCUGCCAGGUAUCUACUACUUCACCUACCAUGUCCUGAUGAGAGGUGGUGAUGGGACGAGCAUGUGGGCUGACCUGAAGAAGAACGGACAGGUGAGGGCCAGCGCAAUCGCUCAAGAUGCAGAUCAGAACUACGACUAUGCCUCAAACAGCGUCAUCCUGCACCUGGACGUGGGGGACGAAGUGUGUGUACAACUGGACGGCGGCAAAGUUCACGGGGGAAACACCAACAAAUACAGCACCUUCUCUGGCUUCCUCAUCUACCCUGACUGA